CAAUUCUCGUCCACGGCUUAGCCAUUUCUUCUUCUUCUCGACGUAGGACCAUUUUGAUUAGGUCAAAAUGCAGUCGGCCUUGCUGAACCGGGCGAGCGGUGCCGCCUUCAAGGCGACACGCCCUAACGCCUGCAGCCGGUCAGUCGUGGUUGUCCGCGCGACUGCGGAGGCCGUCGUGGAGAAGAAGGAGCGCAAGCUGAGCCCUCUGGAGCGUGGUGGAACCCUCUCCGGUGACCAGGCUGCUGGAAAGGAUGCUGGAGAUAAGGCGCGCGCCAUGGCAACUGGCGCCGCUAGCGCGGUGACGAUCCUCCAAAUUGUGGACGGGCACUUCCGCGACGACCGCUGGGUUGGUGGUCGCUGGGACCUGAACCAAUUCAAGGAUUCCACGGGCGAAGUGGACUGGGAUAAGGUGAUUGACGCUGAGGUUGCUCGCCGCAAGCUGCUGGAGGACAACCCCAUCCCCUCGAUCAACGAGGAUCCAGUCAACUUUGACACCAGCGAGAUCCCCUGGUGGGCCUGGGUCCGUCGCUUCCACCUCCCAGAGGCUGAGAAGCUCAACGGCCGUGCCGCCAUGAUGGGCUACGUCCUGGCUCUCUUUGUGGACUCCCUGACCGGCGCGGGUCUGCUGGAGCAGCAGGAGUCCUUCCUGGGCAAGCUGGCGCUCCACAUUUGCGUGUUCGCCAUCCUGCUGGUCCGCUCGUCCGCUGACCUGGACAAGUACAAGGGCCUUCUCGACGAGGCCACCUUCUACGACAAGCAGUGGAACGCUACCUGGGAUGGCGUCAAGCGGCCGUCGGAGGCCUCCUCGGAGAGCCAAUGAAGAGGACAUAUCCCCUCCAGUUCUUCUAGUUCUGCUUAAGACGAAAACGGCGGGCGUCUUUUGCUGGCGCGAUGGCUUGGGGCGUUCUAACUUCGAAGCCGAUGUCGCUGAUUGGAGGCGAUGUGCGACUAGGAAGAGGGCGGAGGAGCACAACUUGCGUGCUGUUGCGGUUGUUGUCAGUCGGCCUUGGCGUCCGGUGUGCACAUGUGGGUUCUAUGAGGCUUCGCUGGCAGGUCGUGGUGGGAUGGCGGUGGUGAUGGCCAUGGUGCCUUCCUCGUGUCUGGGUAAGCUCGAGGACGUGUACUUCCGCGUGCUUUUCUGUGAGUACGGAGGAGCUACUUUGUUUUCAGGGUUUGUUUUUCACGGCAAAGGUGUGGUGAUGGUGUGGCGCAUGCGUGUCUGUGCGGUGAUGCGGAGUAGGUUGCGCGUGUGCGGCGUCAGCAUUCGUCACCUGAGAGCAGUGUGCGUGUGUGACCUUCGUGAACUUUGUGGAUGUGACUUCCGUCAUUGACAGAGGAAGUUCACGUACAUAUGUAUUUUGUGAGCGCUGAGGGAUGUUUUUUGAGGGACGCAAAUGGGGCAUAACGUUAGGGUGUGUAUGUUCGGCACAUCCUCGGGGUGGAGCGAUGUUUCUGGACAGGACGACAACAGACAACCUGCCCUACUGUUCGUAAUGUGUAUGGCAAAGUGCGGUGGCAUGGCCGGCGCGAUUUUGAUGAUUGCGGCGCCCUGCCAUGCGGGCCGCAGAAGACUUGUGUGUUUAUCGAAGUGGGGCUGCACAUGAACACUUCUCUCGAUGCAUCUCUGUUGUCCUGUGAUGACACGUACGGCCCUUCUGACACGCCGCACUUGGGAGAUGGACCCGUGUGUCUUUUGACUUGGGGCAAGAUUUGCACGCCGAUGCCAAAGCAAAGUCUGGCAAUGGCGGGUGAGAUGCAUUUCUGUACGGCGCAGAUUUUUUGUAAAAGAUUGGCACGCGCG